GUUGGUAAACUAAGAUAAAUUUAUCUAAUAUAGCCAAAAGCCCAAUCUCUUUCUCAAACCUUGGAUUUAUCGCAUCAGAUUCUAAACUUCGAUAAAUCUUACAAACUUGUUCUUACGGACUCUUUGUUUUGUACUUUUGUUUGGUAUACAAAUGCAAAAGGAGAAAUAGAAAAGAAAAAUUCAGCUAAAAAAAGGGUAACUUUUAUGCUAAGUAAUAGAUUCAAAGGUUCUUCAUCUUGGGUUAUUAUCACAAAAGUUUCUCAUUUUUGCGUGGAGGAAAGAUGAGAGAAAAGUUUGGGGUUUUAAUCUGCGUAUGGAUUAUGUUAUUGGGGAAUUGUUUGGGGAGGUUCGUAGUGGAGGAGAACAGCUUGAAAGUGACAUCACCUGGGUCAAUCAAAGGAGUUUACGAAUGCGCGAUUGGGAAUUUUGGGGUCCCUCAAUAUGGUGGAACCUUGGUUGGUACGGUUGUUUAUCCUAAGGCAAACCAAGGGGCAUGCAAGAUCUUUGAUGAGUUUGACAUCUCCUUCAAAUCAAAGCCUGGUGGACUCCCUACUUUUCUCCUUGUUAAUCGUGGAGAUUGUUUCUUCACCUUGAAGGCAUGGAAUGCUCAGAAAGCUGGAGCUGCUGCGGUUCUUGUUGCUGACAACCAGGAUGAGUCCUUGAUUACCAUGGAUACCCCUGAAGAGAAGAAUGCUAGUGCUAAGUACCUGCAGAACAUCACCAUUCCAUCUGCCCUCAUUAGCAAAUCUCUGGGAGACAGUUUGAAGAAGGCAAUAACCUUUGGGGAAAUGGUUAAAAUCAGUCUGGACUGGACCGAAUCUCUUCCGCAUCCUGACGAGCGAGUUGAGUAUGAGUUUUGGACAAAUAGCAAUGAUGAGUGUGGACCAAAGUGUGACAGCCAGAUGGAAUUUGUCAAGAACUUCAAAGGAGCUGCUCAAGUACUCGAGCAGAAAGGGUACACACAGUUCAUCCCACACUAUAUAACUUGGUAUUGCCCUGAAGCUUUUCUUUUCAGCGAACAGUGCAAGUCACAGUGUAUCAAUCAUGGGAGGUACUGUGCCCCAGAUCCUGAGCAAGACUUCUCUAAAGGAUAUGAUGGUAAAGAUGUCGUGGUUCAAAAUCUUCGCCAAGCUUGCUUUUUCAAAGUUGCUAAUGAAAGUAGAAAGCCAUGGCUUUGGUGGGAUUAUGUGACGGACUUUGCUCUCCGCUGCCCAAUGAAAGAGAAGAAGUAUACCAAAGACUGUGCAGAUAAAGUUAUCCAGUCUCUUGGUGUUGAUCUCACUAAAAUAGACAAAUGCAUUGGGGACAUUGAGGCUGAUGAGGAGAACCCAGUUCUUAAAGCUGAACAAGAUGCACAGAUUGGCAAGGGCUCCCGUGGAGAUGUAACUAUACUGCCAACUCUUGUAAUAAAUAAUAGACAGUAUAGAGGGAAGUUGGACAAAGGAGCUGUUCUCAAGGCAAUUUGUGCUGGCUUUCAAGAGACCACAGAACCAACGAUAUGUCUAAGUAAAGAUAUUGAAACUAAUGAGUGCUUGGAAAACAAUGGUGGGUGUUGGGAGGACAAGACUGCUAACAUUACUGCAUGCAGGGAUACCUUCCGAGGAAGAGUGUGUGAGUGCCCAAUAGUUAAUGGUGUGAAGUUUUCUGGAGAUGGUUAUACACAUUGUGAAGCUUCUGGGGCUUUACAAUGUGAAUUCAAUAAUGGGGGAUGUUGGAGGGAAACUCAAGAAGGAAAGACUUACUCUGCUUGUCUUGAUGAUCAUUCGCAUGGCUGCAAGUGCCCACCUGGAUUCAAGGGUGAUGGAGUCAACGGCUGUGAAGAUGUCGAUGAGUGCAAGGAGAAGCUGGCCUGCCAAUGUCCUGGGUGCAAAUGCAAAAAUACCUGGGGGAGCUAUGAGUGCAGCUGUUGUGAUGGCUCAUUGUACAUGCGAGAGCAUGACAUGUGCAUCAGUAAGAAUGGUAAAACAGAGGUAAGCUCGGGCUUCAUUUGGGCAAUAAUUCUUGGAUUGGUUGUUGCUGGAGCUGUAGGAUAUGCCAUUUACAAAUACAGAAUCCGGAGAUACAUGGAUUCGGAGAUUCGGGCUAUAAUGGCACAAUACAUGCCAUUGGAUAAUCAACCUAGUAACAUUCACCAUCCCGAUAUCUAAAACUGUUGCAGGAAAGAUGAUGCACUCACAACUAUUUUAGAAAGCCUGCCCUUCCAUCAUUUUAUUGGGUUAUUAUUAUAAUAUUUAUUCAGUCAUUUGCUCUAUUUAAAAUCCGGUUGGUGAACAAGUUGGUUUCUCUUUCACACUGUAAAUCUAAAUUGUUAAGGGAUGCAAAUUCACAUGACAUAAUUCCAGAAUCAGAGUUAAAAUUUUAACUU